AUGCCCUCUGGUGUGUACAUUGGCGGGGAUAAGGACAUUGGCUCUACAUUGUAUGUUCGAGAAUGCUACUGUGACUUACUCCAGUUCAUACUGAAACCUUCGUCUUUGGCUCCGCUAUUGCAAAAUGUACAAGAGUCGGCAAGUAUCUACAAUGGUGCCAUGGAUGCGAAUAAAACCGAGAAUAACGUGGAAGGUAACCCGCCGCUUCCAGUUACGGAUUCUAGCAUAUUGCGAGCUGCCAAUGAUCUUACGAAAUUUACCAUCUGCGGAACACCUGGAAUUGGGAAGUCAUUAUUUGGCUUUUUCCUACUUCAUUAUGCUGCCAAUCAUCACAUUCCUGUCAUUUAUCACCCUUCUCGUAGUGACGUUAAAAUGGUACUAGACAGUGAUUCCUACAUGAUCAAUGAAUUUUCUUUUGAACGAGUUCUUUUCUUGUUGAAAGACCGACAGGAAGUCUGGUAUAUUGUCGACGCGCACAAACCGGUGAAAAUUAUCGGCUUUCUUAAUGUGAAAACAAUUUUGAUAACAUCUCCAAACCGUGAAUUCUAUGGUGAAUUUGUCAAAGAGCGCGCCGCGUUCCUGUUUAUGCCUCUCUGGACAGCUGAUGAAUUGGAGAAAGCGUUUCUCACUUGUUAUAUGCAACCAACAGAUGACCAGAACAUGGCUUUAGAGAAUAUGUGGAAGCGAGUGGAACGUUGGGGCGCGAUACCACGGCGUGUGUUGCAAGUGGCGCUUGCAGACGUGGAUCUCAAUAUUGCCCUCAGCCGUUGCAAUCUAGAUUAUUUGAAAAGUUUGGUCGGUGCUAUAGGAGUAGAUGCCAGUCAUAUUAGCCAUAUACUUAUUCACAUCAAUACAUGGGAUUAUCUGCAGCCAUAUCUUCAAUUUGGAUCAAAAUACAUUGAAACUGAAGUAAUGAAUCUUUUGUUUCUAUCCAAGAAGGACUAUAUUCGUGAAUUUAUAAAAGCAUCAGAAGGUGAGUCUUCCUUCUCAUCUCUUCGAGGGACGAUCUUUGAGAACAUGGUGCAUAACACUCUAUUGAAAGGAGGAAAGUUUAAAGCCAAAAUACUGAACAGGGAUAAUGAGGACUCUAUCAGAUUGUUUGAUUUAGAAAUGCCUGUGUCACAACUUAAAUGA